AUGAGUGGCAAGGUUUCGAUCAGCUUGGACAAAAUUCUGGUCAAGUUUGCUUCCCAGAUAGAAAAGAUUCACAGUGCUAAGGAACAUGUGGACCAUCAGAUAAAUUCGUACACUGCAGAAAUCACAGAAAAAAAGAAUGAAAUUGCUUGGUUGGAGGAAAAUAUAAAGAAAAGCAAUGAGGCAAUUGCUGAUUUGCAAAAGCACAACGAGAACAGCAAGAGGCACUGUGAUGCCUGGAAGUCCACCUAUGUAAUUCUUAAAAAGCAUGGAGAAUAUUUGAACAAUGAAAUGAAAGCUUUAGAGGAAGCCACAGAAACUGAGAGGAAAUUAUAUGAGGAUUCCAUAACCCAGUGUAGGAUGAAUUUGGAGGAACACCACAAAAAAUAUACAGAAACUGCUCUGGCCCAGAAGUAUUACCAAAUAAAGGAAGAAGUUGAAGAAAUUCAAAAGAGAGUUUUGAAAUGCCUUGAAAAAUACAAAUGGAAAGAAGAUGCUUGCUUGGAUAUUCUGGAGGCUGUUCCUUUUGCAUCCAUAAAUAAUUGGGCUGUACACAUUGCCUCUAUGAGGAAAAAAACACAGGAAACCCUGCAGCUUGCUGAAGCUGCUGCCCAGGAAACCAUCAAACUGGAAAAAGAAGCUGAAGAAUUACAAAUGAAAUGUGACUAUUUAACAAAGAGCUUCAAAGAGACUAAAGAAGAUCAAAAUAAUUCCGAAAAGAUUGAAGGAAAAAAUCAGAAAAGUCUUGAGAAGCCAGAACUGUUUAAAGAAAGGGUGUUUGAAGAGCGUGAAUGCCCAUCUUUGCCAAAGGGGAAACACCAGCUGUUUAAAACAUUGCAUGUCCCAUGCAUUCCUCAGAAAUUUGUCCAGUCUGUACAGAGUUUUCGAUUCUCAAAGCAAAGACCAGAAACAGGGAAAGAAGAAAAAGAGAAAUCAGUGGAACUUUCAGUGGCCACCAGCAGUUCCUCUAACCUGGCAAAAAAUUUAUCACAGACAAUGGUUAUUGAGACUGCAGGGACUAAUCGCCCAGAAAUUGCCCAAGUUCCAUCAACAGUAAGCAUAAAAAACCAAGUGAAAUUCAGACUGUCAGAUCUUCCAAAGCAGUUGACUUCCUAUCAACAGUUUGAGAGUGGAAAUGCAAGAAUGGCAAGCCAGGAGGCCAAACAUGUCGAUGAAGAAGCAGAUGAGCACAUGGACUGUUUCAUUCAAAAUUUAGGUUGUGAAGAAGGAACAUCAAAAUUUCCUGCUUUCUUUUCUCACAUGAACUUCACCCAGAAGUCACCUGGCUUUAAUUUAUUUGAUUCUUCUCUGUUUGGAGCACAAAAUUCAUCUGAUGAGACAGAGGAAAAUUAUCCUGUGGGCAACCUGAACUCUCUGUCCUCACAUGAAGAUAUUGGAAGCUUCUUUGGGAAACCAGAAAAUGAGGAUGCAUUUGCCUUUCCCUCCCCCUUGGAAUCAACUUCUCAUGCAUUUGGAGAUGGAAAAGAUGAUGUUAGCUUUCCAUUUGCAUUUGGACAGGAUCAGAGAUCACCACAGUCUCCUUCUAUGAAAGGUUUUCAUUUUUCCACACAAAAUACAAAGCCAUUUACAUUCUUUUGA